UUAUUGAGAUUUUGGUUAUUAGGGAAUAUACUCAAGCCUCUCAAAUUUUGAAUUUGGGGAAUUAUUUUUUAAAAUUAAGUGGGAGAGGGUUUUAGGAGAUUUGGCUUGUUUAGAUCUGAAUGCUAGAGAAUGUGUCAUACAGAGGAGCUGGCAAAUUAUGUAGUUGGGCAGUGGGGUUUUUGACUUUGAAGCUUGAAAUAUAGAUUAAAAAAAGUGAGUGUAUUUUAGCUGUUAAAGAUUUGUUGGGAUGUUUGAUAAAAGUGGGAGACUUUAUCUUUGUCCUCUUCUUCACCUUUAGACAAUGGGAAGAUUCCAAAGCUCAAGUCUACUGUCUUUGCCCAAUUUUUUAUAGAACCGGUGAAUUGGUGAAGAUAUACACCUUAGCAGCCUUGUCUGGAUAUCAAUAAAAUGUUGUUCAUCAGCAAAAGGAAAGUAGAGCAUUCUUGACCUGCUGAAGAAUCAUGACCAUGAAGGAAACUUGGAAGGAAACCACGUUUGAUUCAAGAUGUGUAGAUGGGGAGACUGAUGCCCUGACAUUCGGAAGUAAAGAAAGGUAUGUGUUAAAUGAUUCUAGAGUUGAUGCCAGUAUUACAGAAUUAGAGGCAAAAGAUCGAGAUGACUGUUCAAAUUUUAAAGUUGCGGAUGACUCCUUUGUUGAUGAUGAAAAUGGAACGUUGGAUUCUCCUUGGAAGGAAGGUCAAAAUGGACUCUCGCAUCAUCUAAUCACAGAUAAGGGAAGUAAAGAUGGACAAGCACGUCAUGUAAGCAGUUUGGAUAAGGAUGCAGAUUCAUUGUCUUCUGACUCGUGUGAUAUGGACAAUGAGCAGGGAAGUCCAGACCGUAAAAGUUUUGACACAGUUGAAGAGUUAGCUGACUGUAAUGGAAGGGAUUCCAGAGAUUCCAGAGAUUCGAGAUCUCCGUUGUUUACUGAUAAGAAUGUAUUGGAAUGUGAUCCACCAGUAUCAGAGGUUUGCUAUAGAGAGAUUGGUUGUCAGAUGUUGAAGGAUAUAUGUGUUGAUGAAGGGAGGUUUGAGAAAGAUUCAAAUGAAAUAGAAAGUCGUAUGCCUCCCCUGCCUCCUAAUGACAAUGUUGAUCUUGAGACUAAGGAAGAUCCAUCAAUGGAUGCCAAGAGCAUUACUGGUGAUCAAUGUGGGAGUAAAGAAGAAAAUGACAGAGUGAAAUUCAUCUCUCAGAAAAAGCUAGAUUCUUACCUAGAGAAUGCAGUGGAGGCGAGCGGAGCUUGCUUUGAUGGAGCUUCCAAGGCUGGGACUAAUUCUUCAAAUGGCUCCCUUGCAGAUAGGAAACUUCCAAAUGAAACUUCUGGUUAUAUGCCUGACCAGGUUCUUGAUCAAGAAGCAGUACCUGAAUGUCCUGCUGCAUCAUCAGCCAAAGCAGAAGGCACGAGGAAAGAUGUUCAAGCUAACCGCCUAGCAUAUAAUAGAAAGGUUGACGAUGGAACCAUUAUUUUCCACUUCAGGUCCCCGGAUGGGGUGGUAGUUGGAAACAGCGUGACUGAAGAUGUUACGGAACAGUCCGCUGAAGAUGUAAAUGCUGAAGAUCUUCCAGCUGCUGUGGAAGCGAAAGUUCCGUUCACAAGCAACAGAGAUGAUUCCCUGCAACAAUCCCUAGUAAGCAAUGCAGGGUAUUCUGAUAGUGGGCCUGCGACAAAUGAAGGAUCCCUGAUUCAUAAGGAAGAGGAUUCUGAUGAUAUUCCCCCAGAUGAUGGCCCAGUCCAGUCUCCUAGCAACAAAAGCCCAGUAGCCACAAACGAUCCCCAGGCUUCUGAGGCAAAUGCUCCAAACCACGAUAAAAAGGAUUCUGGAGACGUUCCAGUUGCUAACCAGUUACAACAUGAUAUGGGGGAGACAAGCUUCUCUGCAGCUAGCAUGAUCGCUUAUUCUGGACCAAUAGCCUUUUCCGGAAGUCUCUCUCAUCGAUCCGAUGGCAGCACAACAAGCGGGAAAUCUUUUGCUUUCCCAGUAUUACAGUCGGAUUGGAAUAGCAGCCCGGUUCGAAUGGCAAAAGCGGAUAGGACAAGUUUUAGGAAACACAAGGGUUGGAGAUCUGGUCUUCUCUGCUGUAGAUUCUGAGUGCUUUUAUGAUAGCUUUAGUAGUGAACAAAUAUACGUCUGAAAAUUUCAGAAAUGGAGUAUUGUAAGUAUGUGAGUCGAUAUUUAUACGACAGGUUUUUUAUUGUCGUUUGCAAAGUUGAAAUCAUUGUUUUGAGUUGUGCUGUUGUAAUGGGUCUUGGGCUUUGUUAAAGAAGAGAUCCCAAGCCUUCUUCAUUUGGGCUUUGUAGAAGGGGAAGGUUAUUCUCUUUAAUGAAAGAAAUUCGACCUCAA